AUGGCCUCAUUUUCCAGACUCGUUCGCUUCCUUGCCCGGGACGGCAAGACGUACUACGGCGAUGCAAUUCUGCCGAGCGGCGUCACUGACAUCGCCAAGGCGAGGCAAGCCAGAAUCGUGACGGGCGACAUCUUUGGAAGACACGACGUCACAGAAAACGUCGCCGACAUCCGCCUUCUGCUGUCCCCCCUUGCGCCUGAGCACGUCAAGACUGUACGGUGCCUCGGCCUCAACUAUGCCAACCACGCCAAGGAGUCAAACAUGGCAAUUCCCAAAUUCCCAGUUCUCUUCUACAAGCCCGUGACCUCUCUGGCUGGACCGACUGACCCCGUUCCCGUGCAUCCGAUUGCUCAGACCGGCAGCACGCUGGACUACGAGUGCGAAUUGGUCAUCGUCAUUGGCAAGACCGCCGCGGACGUCUCCGAGGACGAUGCCCUCAACUACGUCCUCGGCUACGCCGUGGGCAACGAUGUGUCACACCGCGAGUGGCAAAUCCAGCGUGGCGGCGGUCAGUGGUCUCUUGGGAAAGGCUUUGACGGCUGGGCGCCGUUCGGGCCUGGCAUUGUGACCAACAAGGUCAUCAAGGAUCCUCAAAACCUCAAGAUCUUUACCAAGGUCAACGGGGAGACCGUUCAGAAUAAUAACACCAAGGACAUGAUCUUUGGCAUCAAGAAGACAAUCUCCUUCUUGAGCCAGGGCACUACCCUGCUCCCGGGAGACGUCAUCUUCACCGGAACUCCCGAGGGCGUUGGCAUGGGUCGCAAGCCCCAAUUGUGGCUCAAGGACGGAGACGUUGUUGAAGUUGGCCUUGAGAAUGUGGGCUCUUGCAUCAACAAGAUCGAGUUCAGCAAGGUCAAGUCAAGGAUUUAG